AUGUCAGAACGUAGGUUUGCUAGGUCGUUGGGUUUUCAAUAUACAAAUCCACGUGGGCCUGUUUGUUUGAGAAGAGACUCUUUGGUGUACCAACUCUGGCAUAAAAUACUCAGUAUGGCGAACACGGAAGAAAUUUCUUUGGAAGACGCCAUUAAACAGAUAAAAGACCUUGUUGACGAUUAUGGCCCAAAAAUUUGGACAGGAAAUUGCAGUGACAUUCUGGUUGCUCCCGGUCAUUAUCCAGAAUAUCCUCAAGCCCUAAAGUGGCCGGAUGAUCAGCAGAAGAUCAUACAAACUUGCGAGUCACUCUAUCGGUACAGAAAAUCCAGCAAGAGGAAGCGUGAAUCAGCCGAUCUAGAUAACUCUGAUGGCGAGAGCUUUACCACGUCUCACAUGCCGUCUCGAAAUCAGUCCGUAACGAAUCCGCUGGAAGAGAGCAUUCAUAUCAGCCAAGGAGCAAAGACGCCACCGCACCAAGGCCCAGUCAGAAGUUACCCGUGCCGAGACUCGGACAACAAAAACCUAAAGUGCACCAACCUGUGGCUUGCAACCGUGAAUGACGGCCUCUCCGCGGCGUUGACGCUUGGAGAGCAUAUGACAAUCGAAAGCCUUUUUCAAGCGGUGACAAACGCAUUCAUAGCAAGGCAUCCUACCCGUAAGAUAGACCAGCGGGGGCCUUUGCUAGCCAUAAUCCUCACCUUUCCGCUCAAUCUUGGCCAUCAUUUGCAGAAACCAAGGGUGCUUGAUACUCGCGAUGGGGAUGCAAACCUGCUAGCUUUGCGAGAAGAGAUAUGGAUGGCCUUCUGGAAUUAUCGGGAAAAUGAUGACGCUGAAGAGAUUGUGAUUUUUGGAACCGUUGUCUUUACGUAUGAUGACGUUCAACGAGCCGAGGCAGCCUGGAUUCAAAGAGUCCUGAGGUAG